GCAGGUGAUAAGGUCAUAUCGGGCGAAAAGUCGCGCAAGUUCCUAUCAGCGCGCAGACAUCGAGAUGGAAUAGAUAGUGGCUGAAGAGCCAAGACGCUUAAGCAACGGGUGAUGAGGGCUCAAUCACUCCUGCCGCUUAGUCUUUUCUUGGGGGUGGCAGACAUUGGCAUCCUCGGCGAAAGCUUCAGUCGACUCAGCUUGCUGAUAGUUGGUCGUCUUCUUUCAGAGUCGUCCAACUCGAUCAACACUUCAAGCGCAAAACGGGCAGACAUGAUUAUCCUGCUACCAUGUGUAUCCAGUGAUAGAGAACGGAUGUGGAUAGCAGAUCCAAUUCUUCAGGUACCGCAACUCCUGUCUAUCAGUUCAGUUGCUCCGCUUUUCCCUGCCGAACAGCCGAUUAGUGCCUGGUUCCGCUAGUCUGCAACAGGAAGGUUAUGCUCAGAUAGAUCCCUAGUCCAUCUGCAACCUCGGUCUUAUGAUAAGGCAGUAUUUCCAAAUUG